AUGCCACCGAGUCCUCAUAGUCCUUUGUGCACACACUCGGCUCCAUCACUGCCGGAGCCGCUGCAAUCAGACAUUUUAUUCACACCUCUUAAUGCGCAUGCGGGAUACACGUGCACGGAUAAGGGGCGUCGCUGUGCACCCGACCCCCGCAGAGUACGCGGGCAGUGGACAGACGUCGGUCUUCCCGACCUUAUGGUCCCACUAGAUAGACAGCAGACAACUGCACCGUGCAUGUUGAGACCCCCCUAUUUACGAGGACAAAUUGCCCCAGCGGCGUGUUCGACCGGAAGGGCAACUGAUGCCCGGAGCAAUGCCAUUUCGGUCUCAGUUGUUGCGCGGGUGGACUCUGCGAGGGAGAAAAGGGUCUCCUUCACGGAAGCGGUCCCAACGACAAAAGCAACAUCCACCACAAUCAAAGGCUCUGCGUCUCCAGUGGAGAAGGAAAUGAUGAGACAUAACGUGGCAACAUUACCUAAUGCGCUGACCGCAUACGAGGCUGCUCUUGCAGAGUACGGAACAAAGCUUUUGAGCAUGACACGUAGACGAAAACGUGCGGAGCAUCAGAAGAGUCGUGAACGCCUGAGCCGUCAAAAAGCUGUGAACGAGAAAUACAGCGACUUGAGUCGACCACAAGCAGUGGCUGGAUCUGGACGGUGCGUAUCAUCAGGUUCUCAGAUGGGUGGCAAUGCAGCGCAACGCCGGGAAUGUGGUGACAGUAGCCUUGCGCUAGGUGCAAUUGUGAGUUCAUGUGCGAAGGCGAGGAAGGCGGAAUCCGAUAUCGCUGCAAUGCGAAGAGGGCCUGAUAAAAAACGGUGUGUUCAACCAGCUGCGAGCCUUGAUCAUCCAUGCCGCUCUCACAAAACGGAUGUGGGUGUUGGCACCCCACAUGCUCAAGUAAGCAGUCAAAAUAAAGAUGUUACGGGUGCAUCUGCCUCCAGUGAGUUGGUAAGUGGUAACAUUGAAAUGGAUGUUGAGGACGAAGGAGCAACUGAAACGCGUCGCGACUGCGAUACCGGAGAUGCCUCUGCUCGUAGUAGCAGGAGGCGAGACGGGUGGGCGCAGACGGAUUCCUCUUAUUGUAUCAAUUCCCUUGUGACUUCGCUUUCUGGUAGGAGGCAGGCCCUGAGGGAGAGAGGGGCAAAAGUGGCGGAGGACACGCUUGAUAUGACAUGUCUUAUUACACCGCCACAUUUGACACCACCGCGACCUCUACAGCGUGCGUACAGCUCAGGACCUUUUACUUCCUGCAUGAGUGUGGAAUCAAGAAAAAAGAAAGGGACAUUUUCUCGAAUUUUCCCUACCUCUAGGGUUUCUUCUGCAUCGGCGGUGGCAGACAAAUCACUUGAUAUCGACGGUUGGGGGUUUCCAAUGCGCACACGUCAGCAGAAAGCGUGUGAUACGAGGCAGAAGGCUUUUGUGUUUAUUCGACCACGACCCGACCCACGCCCCUUGCCUCGUUGCCAUGAGUCGAGACCCUACUGUGAUGAUAAAGUGUGGUAUCUGCGAGACGGUUUGCUUUGUGGGCGUGCGUGGGAUGAUGACGAAAACAUGGACGCACACAGACUUUCUCUCCUCAAGUCUCGCGACCCAAGAUGGCGGAGGGAUGACGACAUUCAGCGAAGCACCUUUACAAAUAUUGUGCCACAAUAUGUGCUGGAUGAAUUUGCGCAUCGAGGCCAGGUUCGGAGGGCGUGGCGACGCUGGCGGCAGCGCCUUUGGGCUGUCCGAGUACAUCCCCCAGCGCGAUUUCAUGAUCCGGAGCCUACAGCGGGUGAAGGUGGCGAAAGUCGCUGGGCAGGUCUGAUGACAUGGAUAGAUGAAUCGAAGCUUCCGUCAACGUUGCCGUGA